AUGGAGUGGUUAACGAGCACUGAGGGUCUGAAUGCCCGUCAGGAGCUGGAGGCGUCCGUUCGUGAGCACCACCCUCACUUGCGUGAUGAGGAGGUCGACCUCAUUGUGGAUGGUCGUCUACUACGCAUGGUUCGGGAGCGCGCGGCGGAGCAAGCACCUGCGAGCGGCCAGCAAGGAGGAACCGGUGAAGGAGGAGCUGUGCACGAGGCUCCAUGUGCUGUGGGCAUUGGUGGAGGAGCUCUUGCACCGACCAUUGACACGGGAAUGAUCGGCACGAGCUAUGGCCAAUUCAAGUUUGGAGUUGAGCACAUCUCGACCCAGUUAGCCCAACUCAGGAAGGGAGACGAUGAGACAGCGGAAUCCUACUGCAAUAGGGCCCGCACCAUCCGAGCGGAGCUGCUGACCAUUGGACAGGAGGUCCACAUGGCCACGUUUGCCGCCCACGUGCUGAAGGGCCUACCGCCGGAGUACGGAUUUCUUCGCCGCAAGCUCGAAAUUUCCAGCCCUGACAUGACGGUGGAACGCGUGUGCAGCGAGGUGUUGAUGGAGGAGCAGACUCUCUCCAUCGAACAGAGUUACAAGCAGAUCACCAGCGAUGCAUCUGCUUUCUCGGGCGCUGUCAACUCCAUCGUGGCUACAACGGGGGUCAACGGGAAGGAAGGAAAAGGGGGAAGGGAGCAGACGGACAAGAAGAAGGAUGGCAAGCGGGAGAAGAAGCGAGCCCCCUUCAAGGGGCGCUGCUACAACUGCAAUGAGGAGGGGCACAUGGCUGCCAAGUGCCCCAACAAGAAGAAAGAUACAACGCCCACGGCAGCCGCGAACGUAGCGUAA